AUGGUUCAGCUUACCGAGGUCGAAGACGAGCACUUCCAGCAGCCGCAGGUCGGCCCUGAGGAGGAUGACGAGGAUUUCACUGACACUGACUCCGAGAUCUCCGUCGACUCCGACUACGAGUCCCAAGAGACCUUCACCGACCGCCUGUACGCCCUGCGCGACAUGGUCAGCCCCACCACGCGCGGCUGGUUCUACCACAAGUACUCCACUACCACCAACUUUGUCAAGUCGACACUGUCCUUCGCCGGCCGCGCCGCCUGGGCCGUUUCUGUUUCGGGAUUGCUGAUCGGCGUCCCCUUCGCCAUUGCCUUCGCCGAGGACCAGAACUACGCCGCUAUGGAGCAGGAGGCGCGCAUGCGCGAGCUUGGCUCUGAUGUUCUCACUGCUGGUGGUGAGGGGCAGGCCGGUACGGCCGAGAAGACCUUGGCUGCUAUCGGUGGCGAGGGGGCUAGGCCUGCGCUCUAA